GUUGCAAAGCCACAUCCCUCCAUGUAGAACUCUGAGGGAGGAGCUUGAGUCUAUACCCAUGUGACACAUCUCUGUGGGUGUAUUCCACUAGGAACUUCAGCUCAGCACUUUCUGGGAAAUCAACGGACACCUUUCUAGGAAAUCAAAGGACAUCUUUCAAAAUUUGUAUUCUCAGAACUUUUUUAUUAAUCAUCUGGGAGAGCCUGCUCCCUCUCGACCUAAAGACAUCUGUAGAGACGAAGAAGACAGUUUUCAGGUUAAGUUACCUAUCAAGAUGUUCCAUGUGCAAAGUCCACAAAUGCUACAGAUGCUAGAGAAAUCUUUAGUGAAGAACCUGCCUGAAGCCAUAAAGGUUUAUGGGACCGUCUUUCACAUGAACCAGGGGAACCCCUUCAAGGUAAAGGCUCUGGUGGACAAGUGGCCUGAUUUUAAUACAGUAGUUGUCCGUCCUCAGGAGCAGGAGAUGACCGAUGACCUUGAUCACUAUACCAACACCUACCAAAUCUUUUCUAAGGACCCCAAGAACUGUCACGAAUUCCUUGAAAAACCAGAUGUCAUCAAUUGGAAACAACAUUUGCAAAUCCAAAGUGCACAGUCAAGCCUGGAUGAGGUGAUACAAAGUCUUGCAGCAACUAAAUUGGUCAAGGUCAAGAAAACACAGUGCAUCCUCUACAUGAUGCCACCAACAGUAAAGAAACUGGUGCCCUCCUUGCUGGAUACACAACAUUUACAUCCCAAAUCAGAGAUUCCCCGUAUCAUGAGGCGCCUGGACUCCACAGCAUUGACGUUGGACUUUAGGCUUUCAGUGUAUGCAGCACGAUGGCUGAGGAUCCGCCGAUGCUAAUCUUCAUGAUUCCAAAUGCUGACUUUGCUGCUCACUGGCUUUGCUCUGCAGUUCUGACUCAUUUUCUGUUGAGCUACUGUUCUCAUCUGUACAAUGGGGCUGAUGUCCUCUGCCUUAGCUUCUGUGCAGCUUCACAGUCAAUGUAUAAAAAAUACUGAAGUUUUACAAAUCUUGCCAUGCCAUUCUGAUGAAACACAUUGCUUUUAGACUUUUAUAAAAUUAAAUCUAUUGUUAUGAUUUAAAUAUACAUAAAGAUUAUAUUGAUAAUCAGCGAACAAUAGUACUGCUAGAAUUUAUAUCAUGAUGCUACAAAAUUAGCAUUGGGUUUCUUAGCAUCUCAUCUUCAGAGUAUCUGUUCAUUACAUCUUGCAUUAUAUAAUCUGUUUCUGUAAAUAAAUUUUUUUUUGUCUUUUUCCUUUUUAUCGGUACCGGGGAUCGAACUCACGACUCCCUGCUUUCAAGGCAGGCGCUUAUGCCGCUGAGCUAAACCCCCAGCCCCAGUAAAUAAUUUUUUUAAAAAAAUGUUUUGAAACUCACUCAUGUGUGAAUUUCUACAUAUAUAUCUAUCCUCUCUGUAUUAUAGGGAAAACCAAGUCAUAACAAGACAGCAAAACAAAUUCCUAGAAAAACAUGCAAUGGAUAAGACAUAUAAGACCACAAUAUAGGUGAUCUUCCAUAGUUACUAUGUUUAUUCUUAUUAUUUUCAAUAGAUUUGUCCACAACACCAGCUUAAUAUAGUUAAACAUAGUAUUACCUAUUUUUAUAAAAGCACAACCUUGAAAGCAUUGUAGGAUUUGAGAGCUGUUAUAGUUAAUACCAGUGUGGAUAUCCUUUACAUCUUGUCAUCUUCAGAGUAGUUGCCUCCACU